CCGUUAAUGCUCCACAGUCGAUUUACCGUGGAGAUCUCUGAGGGGGCCCCCGUGGCUUGGCCUCCGUGUAAAAACACGUACAGGUGUUCCGGAAACCAACGGGCAAGGUCUCCAAACCGGUUCAAUUUUUGCUUGCCGAUUCAAGCCAGCCAGACCGCCCAAGAAGGCGGGCAAAGCGUUCGCCGGGUUUCUCCCCCGCCGUGAAAGGAGCCGCCUUCUUCCUGCAGGAGCUCUGCGGUCGAGAAAUCUAUCCCCCCAUUUCCCUCCCGCCCGCCCGAAAUCGACGCCGUGAAAUCGAGGGAGGCCGGUCGGCCGGCUGGGGAUUUCGUCUCCGUUUCGGCUUUUGGUCUGCCUAGGCCACCAUAGUCUCCGCGGAAUCCGGCUGGUUGGCUGGCUGGCUGGCGGGGCCGGCGCUGUCAAGAGCCAGGCGAGCCCCAGAGGGGGAAUACUCACCAGGGGAGGCAGGCGACAGAGGGGUCGCCGAGAAGAAACAGCUGAGCGAAAAAGGAGGAGGAGGAGGAGGAGUCCAAGGAGAGGGACGAUCCCGGGGCUGGAGCCCAGGCUCGGCGGGGAGGCGGGGAUCGCUCUGGCAGCCUUCCCGGCACGGGUGAUCCGCCGACUUCGCCAAAGCCGUUGCUGUCAGCGGGCGUGAAGAGCGAGGCGGACCGGCUGAGAGCGAGCCAGCAGCCUCGAAAAGCGAGGGAAGGCAGCCCUUCAUUCUGUCCUCCCCUCGCCUCCUUCGCUUAUCCCCCAGCUUAGUGGGAAGCUCCCCAGCUUCCCCUUGCAGCUGGAGGGCUCCUGGUGGCCCCCGCCUUCCCCCUUUUGGGAAGCCCGCAAAGCCAAGCCGUGCCGAGCCGGCUGGAGAAGAAAGGCGGCAGGGCGGGAGAGCCGGGAAGGCAAGGGGGCUUUUCUGAAGGCGACCGUGACUCGCGAAAGGACGAAACCCGGCUGCAUGGACGAGAAACUGGGGGAGCGGGCUUGCUUUUUUUCCCUCCUCCCCCCCACCCUUCCUCUACGGAGCGCCGGUGCCUGCUUUCCAAGGUCCAUAUUGAUCUUGGUCUUUUGAACUAAGAAGAACUGUGUAGCCAUAUUGCAGAGUGAUGUGUCCUGGAGUGGAAGCCCUAUGAUGAAGUGAAAGAAAGAAAGUGUGGAGUCUCCUGAAAGUGAUGUGAAAUCCAGCCCUCCAGAACUUCUUUGUGGAAGGCAUUUGAGAGGGGACUGUGUUUUCUCCCCACUUAAGACUAUGAUGUCGGUUGAAGGCUCUACAAUAACGAGCAGAAUAAAAAAUUUACUUCGGUCUCCCUCUAUCAAAUUGAGAAGAAGCAAACCAGGGACCAAGCGGGAAAAUAUCAGCACUAAGGUGACUUUAGAAAAAGUGCUGGGAAUCACUGUCUCUGGAGGCAGAGGAUUGGCCUGCGAUCCUAAGAAUGGUCUCAUUGCUUAUCCAGCUGGGUGUGUUGUUGUGCUGUUUAACCCCAGGAAAAACAAGCAACAUCAUAUUCUAAACAGCUCCAGGAAGACUAUUACGGCCCUUGCUUUUUCUCCUGAUGGAAAAUACCUGGUUACUGGAGAGAGCGGGCAUAUGCCUGCAGUCCGUAUAUGGGAUGUUGCUGAGCGGACCCAGAUGGCUGAACUUCAAGAGCAUAAGUAUGGAGUGGCAUGCGUGGCCUUCUCACCAAGCUCCAAGUACAUUGUCUCAGUGGGUUACCAGCAUGACAUGAUAGUCAAUGUUUGGUCAUGGAAGAAAAACAUCGUUGUGGCAGCAAAUAAAGUCUCAAGCAAAGUGACAGCAGUUUCAUUCUCUGAGGAUUGCAGCUAUUUUGUUACAGCUGGAAACCGUCACAUCAAAUUUUGGUACCUGGCCGAUAGCAAAACCUCUAAGGUGAAUGCUACCGUCCCCUUGCUUGGGCGUUCUGGUUUGCUCGGAGAACUGAGGAACAAUUUUUUUACAGAUGUGGCAUGCGGCAGGGGUAAAAAAGCGGACAGCACUUUUUGUAUCACUUCUUCUGGUCUGCUGUGUGAAUUCAACGACAAGAGGCUACUGGACAAGUGGGUGGAAUUGAGGACUACUGUGGCAAACUGCAUCUCCGUGAACCACGAUUACAUCUUCUGUGGCUGUGCUGAUGGUACUGUUCGGAUUUUUAAUCCUUCAAAUCUUCACUUUGUGACCACGCUCCCUAAACCACACUUCCUAGGGAUGGAUAUCGCCAGCAUUACAGAAGCCAGUCGGCUUUUCUCUAAUGUGACUGAUGCCAAGUAUCCAGAUACCAUUGCCUUAACCUUUGAUCCGAACAACCAGUGGCUGUCUUGUGUUUACAAUGAUCACAGCUUGUAUGUGUGGGAUGUCAAAGACCCCAAGAAAGUGGGCAAGGUUUAUUCUGCAUUAUACCACUCCUCCUGUGUCUGGAAUAUUGAGGUGUAUCCUGAGGUAAAGGAUAGCAAUCAGUCUUGCUUGCCCCCAAACACCUUCAUCACUUGCUCCUCGGAUAACACCAUUCGCCUGUGGAACACAGAGAGCUCAAACAUCCACGGGGCCUCCUUGCAUCGAAACAUCCUGAGCAAUGAUUUGAUGAAAAUCAUCUAUGUAGAUGAAAACACUCAGGCCCUCUUGGACACAGAAUACAAUACAGCUGGAGGUGUAGAGAAGGCUGACACACAGGCCAUAGAUACCAAAGUGGGGAUUCGCACAGUGUGUGUGAGUCCUACUGGGGAGCACCUGGCCUCAGGUGAUAGGAUAGGCACUCUCAGGAUCUAUGAAUUGAAGCCCCUGAGAGAGAUGCUGAAGGUAGAAGCCCAUGAUUCAGAAAUCCUCUGCCUUGAAUAUUCCAGACCAGAGACAGGAUUGAAGCUGCUAGCAUCAGCAAGUCGAGAUAGAUUGAUUCAUGUCUUGGAUGCAGAAAAGGACUAUAGCCUACAACAAACCCUCGAUGAACAUUCAUCUUCUAUAACUGCAGUGAAAUUUGCAGCCAACGAUGGGAAGGUGAGAAUGAUCAGCUGUGGUGCUGAUAAGAGCAUCUAUUUCCGCACUGCACAGAAGACAAAUGAUGGGGUCCACUUUACUCGCACACAUCAUGUUGUUAGGAAGACUACUCUUUAUGAUAUGGAUGUGGACCCUAACUGGAAAUAUGCUGCUAUUGGAUGUCAAGACCGUAACAUCAGGAUUUUCAACAUAAGCAGUGGAAAGCAAAAGAAACUAUACAAAGGAUCUCAAAGUGAAGAUGGCACUCUAAUUAAAGUACAAAUGGAUCCUUCUGGUCUGUACAUUGCAACCAGUUGUUCUGACAAGAACCUUUCUAUCUUUGAUUUCUAUUCAGGCGAAUGUGUGGCCACAAUGUAUGGGCACUCAGAGAUCGUAACUGGGAUGAUGUUCAGUAAUGACUGUAAACACUUAAUUUCAGUUUCUGGUGACAGUUGUAUUUUCAUUUGGCGUCUGAGUUCUGAAAUGACCAUCAAUAUGCGUCAGCGGCUGGCUGAUAUGAAGCAAAGGGGAAAACAAGCAGAAAAAGCUCAACCAGGCAAAACAGCUGGUCUUACCAGGCAUGAAUCAGUCUCCGUCCUCUCAUCUGCACCAGUGCUUUCAUCAGACAGCGAUAAGGAUGGUGAAGAUGAAGGAAAUGAUGAGGAUGAGUUACAUGGUCUACAGCCUUUCCAAAUGACAACCAAUGUCGAUCUUGAGAGUUGUUCAGAUCUUUCUCUUUCAAGAAGCUUAUCUCACUGGGAAAUGAGACGGGCAAAAGAAAUGGCAAUGAUCCAGGCUUCAGAAAACACCAUGAGCAAGAUGCCUCGGCAACGGAGCCGUUGGACCCAGCCAACAAGCAGUUUAGAGAUGACAGUUAAAUCUAUGCUUGAUCUACGUCAACUGGAGUCUUUCUCAGUCUCUCGUUCUGCUAGUCAGGAUUCUCUUUCCCAGGCCAGCAAUGGAGACGACCACAAAGAACACCCCAAUGCUCCAAAUUAUGCCAAGAAAGAAGGAGGCUCCACAGCUCUUGAAGAAAAUCACCCUUGCCUUCGGCCUCAAGUAAUUAGACUUGUCUCCUGUGAAGGAGGGAUUUUCCCACAGGAAAUGGAACCUUCAGAGAGUGAAGAAUGUGUCAUCUACCCAGAACAAGAUGAUCUUCCUCCUGCUGAUAUCAGCAGUGAUUUCCAAGUAAAAGCACUUCCACAUGGAAAACUGGGUAGAAGCUACAAUAGCAAUGAAGGCCCAGAUAAGCACAGCCCCGACAGUGCUUGUUCUGUGGAUUAUAGCAGCAGUCGACUAUCAAGUCCAAAUGAAGAUUCUGAGAGUACUGAGCCUCUUAGUGUGGAUGGCACCUCAGACUUGGAUGAGCAAGUGGGUGAAGAAGAUGAGGAAGAUGUAAACACUGGAUUAUUGGAUGGAGAUGUUCCUACGACUCCAGAUCAAGAGAAGUUCCUCAAGCAGCAUUUUGAGACUCUAGCCAGUAACAGUGAUAAGGAUGGCUCAUGUAGGACCCUGGAGAGAAUGGAAAACAGUAUUUCUUCUCGGUUUUUAUCUCGGUUUCCAGUACUCAGGGAACCCUCAUCUUCUGCAUCAAAGCUAGUCCUGGAUAAGAAAUCUACUGAAGGGUCUGUUUUGCCAAAGCAAGUUACCAAUGAACUGCUGAACAAUGGGCUUGACUAUCAGCACAUGCCCACAGAGAAUGGCUUCUUUCAAAAUGAUAUUAGGCCAUUUUAUAUGCAGAAGAAAAGGAAAUCUGCUGUAGAGUUCAACAGAGGACGUGGAAGAUCUGUUGGGUCUUUCCCAGAUAGUGAUGGAGUGGUGGUGCUGCGGAAAUCCCAAUCAGUUCACAAUCUUGUUCAUAAUGAUAAAAUUCCUGGAGUGAUGCUGUCUGUCAGGCAGCGGCCUCAGGCACUAAUGAUAGGUGAGAAGGAGCCAAAAUCCAACCAUUGUCAAACAUUUUCUGCAACACUGUUGAAGAUGGAGAAUUCCAGCUUUUUGCAAGCCAAAGACAUUAAAGCUGCAAAACCAAAGUCCUAUAUGAGUCCUACCACAAGUUUCAUGGCCAAGAUGUCCCGUAGUGUGUCUGUGGGAGAGAAUCUGUACUUUGGUGAUGGUUCAGAAAACCAGAAUGAAGUGAAGAUCAACCAGGUAUCAGAGAAAACAAGAUUAAAUUUGCUAGAGGACAUUGAGAAGAAUAAGCCCUUUGUGAAAGAUAACAGCCCAGUGAAUCCUUCCCUUCAGCAAACUGCAAGCUCUUUGUCACCCCAGUCCUUUCAGAGCAAGUUGGCAUCUAGUCGAGCCCAUUUGACCCUUGACAUCCCAAAGCCUCUACCUGAUAGACCAACAUUAGCUUCUUUCUCACCAAAGACAAAGUCAAAAACUGUUCCAGGAUUAGAAUCUCCUCAGUCACCUGUUGCUGUUGGGAAAAAGAAGCAGUCUUUUCCUGAAGGAUGGGCCUUGAAAUUGGAAAAUCAAGCACCUGGAUCUCUUGGCCAUGGUAAAAGUAGUCCUUUGAGUCCCUGUGCAGACGCUCGGAAAGAGAACCAAACACAGUUGAGAUCCAAAGCCCAACUUGAGCCAAGAGUAACUAAUUCCAAGCGAAAAGAGCCUUCAGAUGACCUGCAUCCGAUUUCUCCAGAAAAACUGCCACUGGAAUGCACAGACAAAGUUGCCACUACUAGUUAUGUGCCAGCUAAUGAUGAGCAUUGCUCUUAUGGAGUACAAAGUGGGCCAAGGUCUCCUACAAAUGCAAAAGGCCUUGGAAAGGAUUCAGGUUCUUCGAUCAGUGUUGAGCAAUGCAAGCAUGUAGUGUCUGAGCUCCAGGACAGUAUGCGUAAGGCCAUCCAGAUAUAUCGCCUGGUAUCUACUGACAUGGAAUCUUCACCUGAUAAAUAUAAGAUUGCGGGUCUCUUGACUGAAACUUUCUCUGUGAUGAAAAAAGAAUUGGAUUCUCUGAAAGAUGGCAAUGGACUUCAAAGGAAGAAAGAUCAACUGAUGCAAACACAAAACAUAGUUGGAAUGCCAUUAGUGGAGGGCAGUGGUGAAACUUUAUCUAGCCUUCGGCACUUUGGAGAUGACCAAACUCUCGCCUUGUUGGAACAAUACUCAGAGUUACUGCUACAAGCUGUUGAACGACGUAUGGAUAAAAAACUUUAAUUAUCGUUUUCAGCAACAAACACUUUUAAUGGAAUGCUGAACCAUACACAAAAACUGAUGGAACCUUAUCAUAUUGACAACUUGAAAUAACAUUUUGGGGUGGUUUUUUUUUAAUCCAAUGGGCAAAUAUCUUUUCUUUUAACAGAAACAGUUCUGUCCACAACUUUUUAAAAUGUGCUGGUCACAGUACUAAUCCCCUUGUGCCUAUCUCCUCCACUAAGAGUAUUAUAAGAAAUAUUUGGCUUAAAAACCAUUCAAGCAAUUAAAGAGAAUUGGUCAAUCGUCCAGGGGUGGCCCAGCCUGAAACUGCUGACUUAAUAGAAUGAGAUCAAACUGAAAUAGCUUUGUCCCUCUGCAGUGUUAUCUCAAACUAGGCACAGACUAUUAAAACGUUUAUUUAUUAAUUUAUUUUUACUAUUAUAAUUCUGAAACUUUUACCUGGGUUUUGCAGUUAUAGUUAUUUUGACAUCUUUUCCACAUUUAUAGUGAGAGAGAUUUGAUAUAGUAAAUAUACUGAUGGAACAGCAGGUGGGUUAUAGAACUGCUUUCUGCUGUAGCCUGCAUUACUGAAUUUUGCUUCCUUGUUCCUUUUUAUUAUGCCAAUAUGUUUUAUUUUAAUUUUGUAUUUAGCAUUAUGAUCAUUCUGCUUUUGUUUUCCGUUUAAAGAAAAUCCUGUGCUCUAUUUUUUAUUGUUUCCACAAAACACCUAUCCUUUGGCUCAGCGUCCAGAGAUUUGUUACAAAGCUUGUUGGUUAAAAGAAAGGCUUUUUUAACCGGACUAGUUCUACUUUUCUCAGGUUUUAUGUAAAACCAGAUCCAUCAGAGUCAAAUUGAUGCAGUUGAAUAACUAUACAUUUUUAAAAAAAAUCUUACUGCUGGGUUAUGUUAGUGGCAUCAGCUACUGGACUCAUGAUAUUAGCACUGUUCUGUUUUUUGUGGAUAUAGAAAUGUAGGCAGAUGGAUACGAUGGGGAAGGGGUAGUGGUAGAAAACAAGUCAGUGAUGAAAGCUUGUAAUCAAUACAUACAUCUUCAGAUAUUCCUAACUUCCCAAAAGAGAGAUCCCCUUUCUCUGACUAUGACUGAAAUCUGAAAGCAAUCCAAGUGUGAGUGUUCAGGAAAUACUGAUUGCUAUGACAUUACUGUUCUAUUUCUUUCCUCCCUUACACUGGAACAUAACUAAGGCUGCAUGAAAUAUUACUGUGUUCUACAUUGUGGCAGACUUCUCCAAUUUCGUAUCAAUUAACACAUUGUCUUUGUUCAAAUGAAGAAGGAAAGUAAGUACAGAUCUACAUCUUUUCAGCUCUGGUACCCUUUGUAUUGAAUUAUUAAUCCUAACAUGUCUGAAGUAUUCACUGAU